AUGUCCGGGGCGCAGAUCUCAGCUCUGGUGUGCGGCGUUGGAGGGUUUGGCGCUCUCGUGGCUGCUACUACGUCCAAUGAGUGGAAGGUGACCACCCGCGCGUCCUCUGUGAUAACCGCCACUUGGGUUUACCAGGGUCUGUGGAUGAACUGCGCGGGGAACGCCUUGGGCGGCGGCAUGGCAAGCACGGCCUUGGAGAUCGUUGCCUUCACGGUCUCCAUCUCGGGCUGGGUGCUGGUGUCCUCCACACUGCCCACGGACUACUGGAAGGUGUCCACCAUCGACGGCACGGUCAUCACCACCGCCACCUAUUUUGCCAACCUAUGGAAGAUGUGCGUUACCGAUUCCACCGGUGUCGCCAACUGCAAGGACUUCCCCUCCAUGCUGGCGCUGGAAGGCUAUAUCCAGGCAUGCAGAGGACUGAUGAUCGCUGCAGUCAGCCUGGGCUUCUUCGGUUCCAUCUUUGCACUCUUUGGAAUGAAGUGUACCAAAGUUGGAGGCUCGGAUAAAGCCAAAGCGAAACUCGCCUGCUUGGCUGGGAUAGUGUUCAUAUUGUCAGGUCUGUGCUCCAUGACAGGCUGUUCCCUGUAUGCCAACAAAAUCACAACGGAAUUCUUUGAUCCUCUCUUUAUGGAGCAAAAGUACGAGCUGGGAGCUGCUCUCUUCAUCGGCUGGGCAGGAGCCUCGCUCUGUAUCAUUGGCGGCGUCAUAUUUUGCUUUUCAAUAUCUGACAAUAAUAAAUCACCCAGAAUGGGCUACACGUACAACGGACCCACGUCUGUCACGUCUUCCCGGACCAAGUAUCAUGGCGGAGAAGGGGAUUUUAAAUCCACAGGCCCUUCAAAACAGUUUGAUAAGAACGCUUAUGUCUAA